GAGAUAAAACCUAAAAGAAACAAAACUCAAUUCUCUCUCUCACGGCGAUCUUGUCGACCUUCAUCUUCAUAAUACGUCUUUGAGCCUCCCUCUCUGCAUCUCCCAUCUUUGAAGCUCUGAUCUCUGCAGGACUAGUAAUAGCAGACGACUGGGCCUGUUAACUUCUAGCAAAUGAACCUUCACUUCCAAAUUCUUUGCAAGAUGAACUCGAUGUUCCUGAUAUGCCUAUCUCUAAUAGAACUACCCAAAGGGCUAUUGCUAGUACCAUUAUCCAAAGGCCUACUGUUGGUGACUCAAUGAAUGCACACGUUCAGUGCCAAACUACUAACCAGCCAUCAAUAAAUGCUACAACUGAAGGGUUGAAUGAUGCUAGGACAUCAGUCGAUAUCCAAGGAUCUACUACAGAAGGUCCAGAAAAAAAAAGUGCGUGGAAAGACAAGAGGUUUAAAUGCUGAUAAGGUGCAUGAGCAGCUUGGUACUAAAAUACCUGUGACUUUCAAGAAAGAAAAUGGCAGACCCACAGGUCCAUAUGCGGAAAUGUUUGCUAAUGAAAUUGGAUUCACCUUUCGGAACCAUGCACCUCUAAAUGUGAAAAAAUGGAAGGAAGUAAAACCAGAAGAUAGGACAAGUUUGAUCAAAAGAAUAACUACUAAGUACGACAUUGACAUGUCUCUACCUUGGAUUAAGAGAUAUGUGAAUAAAUCUUUUGGAACAGUGUUUGCUAACUUCCGUUAUAAGCUGAAGAAGCAUUUUGAGCAAUUCUCAACAAAAGAGGAAGCAUUAGAAAAUAAACACAAAGAUGUUAAAACUGAAGAAGAAUGGGUUUUUCUGUGCACUUAUUUUUCUAGUGAAGAUUUUCAGAUUGUUUCAGAGAAAAAUUCUAUUAAUAGGUCACGUUUGAAAUAUCACCAUAAAGUAGGGUCGAAGUCUUUUAUGUCGCAUCAAGAACAGAUUGCUGCACAAUCAGGGGAGAUGCUAGGUGCAAUUGAACGCUUUGAAAUGGAGUACAAAAGCAUUAAAAAAGGUUGGGACUUGGGAGCGAAAGAAUUAUGGGAUCAAAUGGUUAAGAUGCGAACUGAGACAACCCUUCCUGAUGGGACUCGAACUAUGAAUGAUGAUGAAAUAUGUGCAAAGGUUCUUGGAGUAAAAUCAGGCUACAUCAAGGGUUGUGGUUUUGGCCCUAGGCCUCCACCAUCUAGCACUUCUCGAUCAUCACUAGAUGAAAUGUCUGAGAAGAAUAAAGAGUUAGAAGAUAAACUUGAAGAGACCCAAGAUACUAUAAAGGCUCAACAAGAAAAGAUUGAUACACAAAACGUGCUAAUCCAAGAAUUGCAGGAGCAAGGCAAAAAGUUUGAGCAGUUCAUGGCAACCUUUAUGAACCAACAAGCAUCAAGUUAGUUAUGCGUAUCUAGGAUUUAGUAUCAGUUAAACAAGUUAAUUGAUUUUUGGAUCAUUUUUAGUUCAGUAUUGACUUUAGACUAUUCCAAUUAGUAGUUAUGGUAGAC